UCCAACAAGGUUUUCAAGGAUCAAGGAAUGGAACAGACAGACCACACCCAACAAGUCGCUGAAUGCAUUUUGCGUUUCUUCCCUGGCUUCGAAGCCUUCAAACUACCUUCACCAUCUGCAGAUGAAGAGGUCAUGAAAAACAUCAACAGAAACAGAAAUCACAUCAACAGUGAGUUCUUCUCUGAGAUAGAAAAGUUCAAGGUCUUGUUGAAGAGUACUUUAACUCCCAAGCGAAGCUUCAACGAUGGAGAACUGGUGACUGGUCAAGGUCUGGCUGCUUUGGUUGAACUUUAUGUGAAGGCCAUCAACACUCCCGGAGUCAUUCCUAAUAUCCAGUCAGCCUGGGACACAUUUGUAACUGAUAAAUGUUCUGAAGCAACGCACGCAGCCAUGCAUGUCUAUAACGCCAUCAUGCAUUCAAAACUGUCAAAUCAGGUGCCUUGUGACUCCGAAGACAUUCGUAAAUAUCAUGAAACUGCACUUGACCAAGCAAUCGGUCAGUUAGAAGUUGAAACAAUCGGAAUAUCCUCUGUUACAAUCGAAAGGUACCUGAACGAACUGAUGGUAAGGAGUUUUUACAUAUUGCGUAAACAUACCUUAUUCAGUACUCUGAAAAAGAAAAAAAAUUCCCAUGAACUUUUGAAAAAUUCGUCCAUUGUUUUCCCCAGUCCUAACCUUUUUGUACGGAUGAGUGAAAUUUUCGCUAAUUGUAACGGGACAAAGUUUUUAAGAUUUUACUAA